CCCUCCAAAUCAUGUGAUUCAGGUGUUCCAAUCACUUCCAUGGCCACAGGUGUAUACAAUCAAGCCCCUAGGCAUGCAGGCUGCUUCUACAAACAUUGGUGAAAGAAUGGGUCGCUCUCAGGAGCUCAGUGACUCCAGGCGUGGCACUGUGAUAGGUUGUCACCUGUGCAAUAAGUCCAUCUGUGACAUUUCCUGGCUACUAAAUAUUCCACGCUCAACUGUUAGUGGAAUGAUAACAAAGUGGAAGCCACUGGGAACAACAGCCACUCAGCCACCAAGUGGUAGGCCACGUCACAUGACAGGGCGGGGUCAGCGCAUGCUGAAGCACUCAGUGCACAGAAGUCACCAACUGUCUGCAGAGUCA